CUGCGGUCCUUAAAUCAACCACAUGUGACAUCUGGAAACAACGGGUAUGGGCAAGGGCGCCCUUAUAAAGCUAUCCCGAUCAAUUCUCCGUUCUACAAGCGGUUUGGGGGCAGACACAGCUGCCGCGGCUCGGCAGACCGUUCUUACUUACAGCUCCCUGCUGAGUGUGUGUUUAACUACCACCAAGAGUUGUAUAUCAUCACCCGGACCAAGCACAAGGUCGGCACAGAACAUACUACUGUUCACUAGAGACUGCAGGAUGUAGUCAAGGCCCCAGCGAAAAGGGAUCCAACACGCCUAGUGUUGGCUUGUCUUUUUAUACUGUGGUUCGGUGCGCUACAAGCGCCAUCUCCUCUUAGCCACCAUUGGCAAGGACACCCAAUAGCCUCUCGUCCCGCACGAAUUGGUCCACUUCAGCCAGACGGGUUGGCAGCUGCCGGGGUGUCACUGCCAAGAACCAGUAGCCAGCCGCGCAACAUGGGCAAGAGUGGCAGCAAGCUAAACAAGAAGACGCUGCAGGACCUCAUAGAGAACACAAACUUUUCCGAAGAGGAAAUCAAGCAGCUGUACAAGGGAUUUCACAGGGACUGCCCGACUGGCAAGGUCACGCUCAAGGAGUUCAAGUACAUAUACGGGAGAUUCUUCCCAUCGGGGAACGCAGACGACUUCGCCAAGCAUGUCUUCAGGACGUUCGACACCAACAAGGACGGGUACGUCGACUUCUCGGAGUUCCUGACGGCCGUGAGCAUGACGUCACGGGGCAGCGUGGAGGACAAGCUGAGAUGGACGUUUGGGAUGUACGACCUGGACAAGGACGGUUUCAUCACCAGGGACGAGAUGCUCAACAUUCUGGAGGCCAUUUACGAUAUGAUGGGGCCUGAAGUCAUUGAGUCCCUUCCACCAGAGGAGAGGUGUCCCGCGAAAAGGAGAGACAAGAUUUUCGAGCUGCUGGACCAUAACGACGACCACAUCAUCACCCUGGAGGAGUUCCUAGAGGGAGCGCAGAGAGACAAGGCCCUGGUGGAGGUCCUGACCAACGGGAUAUUGAAGAAGUGAGAGAAAAAAACUUCACCUGUAUCCAGUCCUGAGCGUUGGCAAAUUAUCAUAGAAAAGGUGUUUCCUACACCUUUGAAGAAGUGAGAAAAGCUUCACCUGUAUCCAGUCCUGAGCGUUGGCAAAGUAUCACAGAAACGAUGUUUCCUAUAUUCUUAUCAAUGGCAAGUCAAUAGAUGACUCAGUUCUAUGAGUAUUGUGGUCAUAAAUUUUAACUCAUUGAGAUGUUGAUUUACAUUGUCCACCUGAUAGCGACUUUACCAUAAAUGUUUUUCUGUCUUUACUUUGCUUCUGUGCUGUCUUUUGUACUUUUACCUUUGCAUACAGCAUAGCUGUGUAAGAGCUAGCACUCUUUUACAGUGCACUAUUAUUAUGCAAGGCUAAGGCUCCAGGGGCUUCAGUUUAGGGAGCAAUUUAGGUAAUCAUGUUUGCUUAUAUAGUUCUCAGAUUUAAUAUCUGAGGCAACCAUUGCAAGGCCUUAUAUACAUGUACUUAUUGCAGUAGAUGUGAUGAAGAAAGAUUAAUAUUGCCAGAUUUUCCU